CAGAUGAUGAAAACACAUCAUUCGGAUGAGUCUAUUUCACAAUUCCUCGGAAUUGUUUAUUCAGAAUAAUUUUGGGAGAAGACUGAAAUGCCAGCAAUGUUUGACAUCAUGCUGCUUUCCAUUUCUCUGGGCUACAAAUGAAAGACGGAGCCUUGAAACCUGAACCUGCCCCAGAAGGAUUUAAGCCUAGAUUUGGAUUUUGGUUUUGAACUGUUUUUUUUAAGCUGGUUUUGGUUCAUGAUUUACAUUCAGUUUGAGGAUUCAGCGUGUGCAUAAAACUACUUGAUUCAGGUCUUUAAACCAGGAUGGACCAGGACCAGGUGCUUCUUCAGUCUUUCAGCCUGACAGAGAGCAUCCGGAUGAACACUAAUGAUGGUUUAGUCCCAGAACAAGAGCAGCAGGAUGAUUCUAUACCUGAUACCCAGCCUGAAUCCAACCAGGGGACAUCGGAGCCAAGGGACGAAAACCCACCACUGGCUCAUAUCGAGUCCCGCAUGAAGCAGCUUCACAACAGGCGCUUCCUUCUGCUAAAGAUGCAGCGCUUUAAGAAGAAGCCAGAGGACAGUGGUGACAGAACCACAGAGGAAAUGACCUGUGAGUACAGCGACCAACUGUGUGAGCUGGAGGCCAUCCAGAAGGAGCUGGAGGAGCUGCUGGUUAAAAAAGAGGUGUUGGAGAAACCGGGAAAUCGCUCUAAAUUCACAGAAUAUAAAGGUCAACAGGACGCACAUCCCAAGUUUUAUAAGAGUGAGAUACCCCAUGGGGGGAUCUACAUGCUACCGCCUCCCCAGCUGGAACAAGAGGACGCUACACUGGAGCGGAAAGUAAAAGCUAGGCCUGUGUCAGAAAGACCAACAGGCCCAGUCGUUCCAGUGGAAAGUCUUGUUGAAACACCAGCGGUCACCAGGUGUCCAUCCUGUGAAGAGAUUGUCUUCACAGAAACCAGCAGAAGAGUGGGCGAGGCUACAUGGAUGAUUUGUUUCUUGUGCACCAUCAUGGGGUGUGUCGCAGGCUGCUGUUUAAUCCCUUUCUUCAUGAGCCGUCUGAAGGACGUCCACCACAAGUGUCCCCAGUGCCAGGCAAAUAUACACAUCCACCAGCCAUUUUGACCUGGAGGUUACUACAUUAACAGCACUGGUGUGAUUUGUACAGUAUGAUCCACUGCGUCUGUGCUUGAGUGACCACUUCCUGUGGACUUUGAGCUGUCUGGGACUCGGCCUCUGCUGUUUGACUCCACAAGUGAUCGAAGCAAUGUGCCUGGAGUCAA